GGAGCAGGAAAUGCCGAGCGGCGCCUGAGCCCCGGGGAAGCAGGCUGGGGCGUGAGAGACACAGUCACCUGCAGCUUAAUGACUCAAAAGCUGUCCCCAGGCCACAGGAGGGAGAGGACCUUUCCUACUGAGUCUGUCUGAAGGACACUAAGUCCCACAGCUCAACAGAACCUGGAGAGAAAGCGCUAAGGACGCCACCUGAGCGCCAAGCGAUGGCCCUGCCUGGAGAACAUCCAGGCUCAGUGAGGAAGGGUCCAGAAGGGAAUGCUUGCCGACUCGCUGGAGAACAAUGAAAAGGAGGAAACUGUGACUGAACCUCAAACCCCAAACCAGCCUGAGGAGGACCACAUUCUCCCGGGGACCCAGGGCGGGCCGUGACCCCUGCAGGGGAGAAGCCUUGGACAUUUCUGCUUCAGAAGCCUGUUGGGGAAGGCUGAGGGGUCCCAGCUCCCUGCGCUGGCUGCUGUGCAGAUGCUGGACGACAGAGCCAGGAUGGAGGCCGCCAAGAAGGAGAAGGUAGAGCAGAUCCUGGCGGAGUUCCAGCUGCAGGAGGAGGACCUGAAGAAGGUGAUGAGACGGAUGCAGAAGGAGAUGGACCGUGGCCUGAGGUUGGAGACCCAUGAAGAGGCCAGUGUGAAGAUGCUGCCCACCUACGUGCGCUCCACCCCAGAAGGCUCAGAAGUCGGGGACUUCCUCUCCCUGGACCUGGGUGGCACCAACUUCAGGGUGAUGCUAGUGAAGGUGGGAGAAGGUGAGGAGGGGCAGUGGAGCGUGAAGACCAAACACCAGAUGUACUCCAUCCCCGAGGACGCCAUGACCGGCACUGCUGAGAUGCUCUUCGACUACAUCUCCGAGUGCAUCUCCGACUUCCUGGACAAGCAUCAGAUGAAGCACAAGAAGCUGCCCCUGGGCUUCACCUUCUCCUUUCCUGUGAGGCAUGAAGACAUCGAUAAGGGCAUCCUUCUCAACUGGACCAAGGGCUUCAAGGCCUCAGGAGCAGAAGGGAACAAUGUCGUGGGGCUUCUGCGAGACGCCAUCAAACGGAGAGGGGACUUCGAAAUGGAUGUGGUGGCAAUGGUGAAUGACACGGUGGCCACGAUGAUCUCCUGCUACUACGAAGACCAUCAGUGCGAGGUCGGCAUGAUUGUGGGCACAGGCUGCAACGCCUGCUACAUGGAGGAGAUGCAGAAUGUGGAGCUGGUGGAGGGGGACGAGGGCCGCAUGUGCGUCAACACCGAAUGGGGUGCCUUCGGGGACUCGGGCGAGCUGGACGAGUUCCUGCUGGAGUAUGACCGCCUGGUGGACGAGAGCUCUGCAAACCCCGGUCAGCAGCUGUAUGAGAAGCUCAUAGGUGGCAAGUACAUGGGUGAGCUGGUGCGGCUCGUACUGCUCAGGCUCGUGGACGAAAACCUGCUCUUCCACGGGGAGGCCUCCGAGCAGCUGCGCACACGCGGAGCCUUCGAGACACGCUUCGUGUCGCAGGUGGAGAGCGACACGGGCGACCGCAAGCAGAUCUACAACAUCCUGAGCACGCUGGGGCUACGACCCUCGGCCACUGACUGCGACAUCGUGCGCCGCGCCUGCGAGAGCGUGUCUACGCGCGCUGCACACAUGUGCUCGGCGGGGCUGGCGGGCGUCAUCAACCGCAUGCGCGAGAGCCGCAGCGAGGACGUAAUGCGCAUCACUGUGGGCGUGGAUGGCUCCGUGUACAAGCUGCACCCCAGCUUCAAGGAGCGGUUCCACGCUAGCGUGCGCAGGCUGACGCCCAGCUGCGAGAUCACCUUCAUCGAGUCGGAGGAGGGCAGUGGCCGGGGCGCGGCCCUGGUCUCGGCGGUGGCCUGUAAGAAGGCCUGCAUGCUGGGCCAGUGAGAGCAGUGACCGCCAGCACAGGGAGGAUGCCACAGCCCCACAGCACCCAGGCUCCACGGGGAAGUGCUCCCCACACGUGAUCGCAGCCUGGCGGGGCACGAGACCUGGCCUUGUCAGGACCUGGGCUGCCUGCCAUCCCGCUGGGGAACCCAGCGGGCCUCUUCCCUCAGUCAUUCGGUGGGACAGCCCCAGGGCCCUAACUGGGGUGCGGCAGGAGCAGGGACAGAGACUCUGGAAGCCCCCACCUUUCUCACUGGAAUCAACUUCCUAGAAGGGAGUUGCUCACUCAGGACUUUGUUGCAUUUCCACACUGUCAGAGCUGUUGGCCUCGCCUGGGCCCAGGCUCUGGGAAGGGGGCACCCUCUGGAUCCUGCUGUGGCCUCUCUUCCCUGGGAACUCAUCCUGUGUGGGGAGGCAGCUCCAACAGCUUGACCAGACCUACACCUGGGCCAAAAGGGCAGCCAGGGGCUGCUCAUCACCCAGUCCUGGUCAUUUUCUUGCUUGAGGCUCAAGAGGCCCAGGGAGCAAUGGGAGAGGGCUCCGUGGAGGAGGUGUCCCAAGCUGCGAAUACCCCCAGAGACCUUUUCUCUCCUGUACCCCCAUCCCUGAGUGACUUGUGAUUCUGGGAUGGACCCUCACAGCAGGUGCAAGAGACAGAGCCCUCAAGCCCCUGCCCCAAGGGGCCCACAAAGGGGAGAAGGGCCAGCCCUGCAUUUUCAACUCCCGCAGCACUGGCUCAGGAAGAAACCCCAAGCAGCAUUCAGCACACCCCAAGGGACCACCCCAUCAUACGACAUGCCACCCUCUCCAUGCCCAACCUGAGACUGUGUGAGUUUUUUAAUUAAAAAUGUUAAAAGUUUUAAACAUG